AUGGCGCACGCCGGCGAUUCAUACUCUCGUGAGUCGGCCUUUCCCGUGAAAAACCGACCGGGGGAAUCCAGUGGAUCUCAGCGCACGAAGGCGAGACCAGGCAUUGAAACUGGACGGACUGCCUCCUAUCAUAUCUUUCCGUCUCAAGAUCUUAACAAUCCCCAUGACCAAUUCCCCUUUCCCGAUGCUUCCGACAGCUCGCGUUAUCCUAUCAAUCUGAAAAAGCGCAGCUCUAUAGCUUCAAGAACGACUAAACAUGGUACUACACCAGGCGAGCAACCGUGGAACUCGGAACAGCAGUCGAUGAACGCUAUUGAACACAAUAUAUCUUCUGAAGCUCUCGACUCUCGUUCUCACAAAAGCAAAUCAAUGAAACCCAAGGUCCAUAUCAAGCCCAUUUUGCGAAAAAUCUCCCGUGAUGAUGCGCCGUCGACCUCAAUUGAUCUGUCCCGAUCGUCCACUGACCAAGAAGGGUUGGGAAUUUACAUGAACUUUGAGCGGGAGCGCUCAGGCAGCGCAUCCCUCACGGGCGUGACAUACAAGAGAACACCUUCCGGUCUUCACAAUAGAUCUACCAGUGGAACAUCUCAGUUCUCAAAUGGCUCAGGCUCCAGUGCGAGCAAGCCCGGAUCACAGUACGUGCAUCCCAUGCGACAGACACCUCGAGCGUACACCCCACCACUGGGCCAGUCCUACGAGGAGUCGAGCCAUGACAGUGAGGAACUGGCCGAAAGCCCCGAAUCGGAUCCUGCAUUUAUCCAAGAAACUCGUCCAGGCCCAGCCCUACCUCGGCUGUCAUUGCAGAUCCAGGAUGAUUCUUUCACCCGUCUCCCCGGAAUUUCACAGACCAAUGUGACCAGUCGACCGUCCUUUGGAUACUCGCGAGAGACUGAUGGUACUGCAUCUCCGAUGUCCAGAACGUCUCUCGACUUCGUUUUCCGGUCCCGAACUCGAACUAGCACAGAUCCCAUUUCUCGUGCAGCCACAGUUCAGGCUGCCCGUCAGGCAUUUGAGGAUAAAGAGGCUGCCAAGAACCGCCGGCUUGAAAAACAACAGAUCAAAGCCGAAGAGAGGGGCUCCCGGCGUCGCUUGAAACGACAUAUGUCGGAAGAACAUGAAUCUCCUGUGCAGUCUAGAGAGGAGAUCUCUGAAAAGCCCCGAAGUUUCCCCGUGCAUGGGAGUGUAGAGGCGUCGGCCUCAUGGAAAUCACAAUCCAAAAGCACAUGGGUUCUCUUCAUGACCUGGCUUCGAACUCGAGUGUUCAAACUGCGACGAAAGAUCAAGAAACUUCAUUGA